CCGCCCCGCGGCCGGGCGCGGUGGGGCGGCCAUGGCGGCGCACCUGAGCUCGGGCCGGGUGAACCUGACGGCGCUGCGCGAGGCGGGGCGGCGCGAGCUGCGCGAGUUCCUCGACAAGUGCGCGGGCUCCAAGGCCAUCGUGUGGGACGAGUACCUGACCGGCCCGUUCGGGCUCAUCGCGCAGUACUCGCUGCUCAAGGAGCAUGAGGUGGAGAAGAUGUUCACGCUCAAGCCGGGCCGGCUGCCCCCGGCCGACGUCAAGAACAUCAUUUUCUUCGUCAGACCCAAGCUGGAGCUGAUGGACAUCAUCACGGACAACGUGCUCAGGGAAGACAGAGGCCGCUCUCCGCAGAGGGAUUUCCACAUCCUGUUCGUGCCGCGCCGCAGCCUCCUGUGCGAGCAGUGGCUGAAGGAGCAGGGCGUGCUGGGCUCCUUCAUCCACCGCGAGCAGUACAGCCUGGACCUGAUCCCCUUCGACGGAGACCUGCUCUCCAUGGAGUCCGAGAGCGCCUUCAAGGAAUGUUACUUGGAGAGUGACCAGACCAGUCUGUACCAUGCAGCAAAGGGGCUGAUGACACUGCAGGCUCUCUAUGGAACCAUCCCACAGAUUUUUGGGAAGGGCGACUGUGCUCGGCACGUGGCCAACAUGAUGAUCAGGAUGAAGCGUGAGUUCCCUGGCAGCCAGAAUUCCAUAUUUCCUGUCUUUGAUACCCUCCUGCUGCUGGACCGCAACGUGGACCUGCUGACCCCGCUGGCCACGCAGCUGACGUACGAGGGGCUGAUCGAUGAGAUCUAUGGCAUCCAGAACACUUAUGUGAAACUCCCUCCUGAGAAGUUUGCCCCAAAGAAGCAGGGUGAGGGUGGGAAAGAUCUCCCCACAGAACCCAAGAAGCUCCAGCUGAACUCUGCAGAAGAGCUUUAUGCCGAAAUCCGAGACAAGAACUUCAACGCUGUGGGGUCAGUGCUGAGCAAGAAAGCCAAGAUCAUCUCAGCAGCCUUUGAGGAAAGGCACCAUGCCAAGACUGUUGGAGAGAUUAAGCAGUUUGUGUCCCAGCUGCCUCACAUGCAGGCGGCGAGGAGCUCGCUGGCAAACCACACCUCCAUCGCAGAGCUCAUCAAAGACAUCACCACAUCUGAAGAUUUCUUUGAUAAUUUAACAGUGGAGCAAGAGUUCAUGUCUGGAAUAGACACAGACAAGGUUAACAAUUACAUUGAAGACUGCAUAGCUCAGAAACAUCCAUUAAUCAAGAUCUUGCGUCUCGUGUGCUUGCAAUCCGUGUGCAAUAGUGGGCUGAAGCAGAAGGUUCUGGACCAUUACAAAAGGGAGAUUAUCCAGACUUAUGGCUAUGAACAUAUAUUGACCUUAAACAACUUGGAAAAGGCUGGACUCCUGAAACCCCAGACAGGUGGCAGGAAUAACUACCCGACGAUCAGGAAAACGCUGCGCCUGUGGAUGGAUGAUGUUAAUGAGCAGAACCCCAAUGACAUCUCGUACGUGUACAGCGGCUACGCCCCGCUGAGCGUGCGCCUGGCCCAGCUGCUGGCCCGGCCGGGCUGGCGCAGCAUCGAGGAGGUUCUGAAGAUGCUGCCAGGGCCCCAUUUCGAGGAGAGGCAGCAGCUCCCUACUGGCCUGCAGAAAAAGCGUCAGCAGGGUGAGAAUAGAGUGACCCUGGUGUUCUUCCUGGGCGGGGUCACGUACGCAGAAAUCGCCGCACUGAGGUUCCUGUCCCAGAUGGAGGAUGGAGGCACAGAGUACAUCAUUGCCACUACAAAACUCAUCAACGGGACAACCUGGAUCAAAUCCUUGAUGGAGAAACUGGAGCCUGCCCCGUUCUAGGGUGUGUGGUGAGAGACAGGAAAUGUGAGAGGCCCUGUGUAACACAGGCAUGUCAGCUGGCACAGCUGCUCCAUCAGAGAAACACGGCAGUGAAGGAAGCUCUCCUGGGACCAGCUCGUGAGCAGUUACCCUCAUCCCUUCUGCACUUGUGUUCCAGCUGUCUGUGGAACUUCCAA